AUGUCCGGAGCAAUCUAUGAUUCAAUAUCAGCACGAGGUAUCAAGUCAGAUAUGAACUACCGACGAAGCACCAGUGAACCACUUAAACGAUUUACAGAAGCCAAAACUAGCAUUGGUGAUAUUUACAAUGAGUUAGAAACCUACAUCACGGAUCUUUCACUUUUCUAUGACGAAAUUCUGAAUGACAAUGGAAAUGUGCCAGAUGAACAGAUGCAAGAAGUUGCACGCUUCAAGGAGAGUAUAAAAACAAUUCGUGAUAUGUUUAUGCGUGAUACUAUGAAAGUUGUUUUCUUUGGAAGAACAAGUAAUGGCAAAAGCUCGGUGAUUAAUGCUAUGUUGCAUGCAAAAGUGCUGCCACAAGGAAUGGGACACACCACUUGCUGCUUCUUACAAGUGGAGGGAAGCCAAGAUGAUCAAAAAUUUGUUUUAAAUGAAGAUUCAUCGGAACGGAUGGACAUCGAACAGUUGCAAAAAAUAGGACAUGCAAUGAGUGAUAGUAAUGUUUCACUUUCUGCCAUGGGCCAGGACUCACUUUUACGUGUCUUUUAUCCCAAAUCAGAAUCACGUUUACUUCAGAACGAUGUUGUUAUUGUCGACAGCCCUGGCGUAGAUUUAUCACCGGAAUUUGAUAGUUGGAUUGACAAACAUUGCAUGGAUGCGGAUGUCUUCGUUUUGGUUUGUAAUGCAGAAUCGACUCUUACACAAGCUGAGAAAAGUUUUUUCCAUCGAGUGAGUUCAAAGCUGAGCAGGCCGAAUAUUUUCAUCCUUAACAAUCGCUGGGAUGCAAGUGCAACAGAAGUGGAAAAUAUGCAACAGAUCCGAGAACAGCAUAUGACGCGAUUUAAGCAAUUUCUUGUAAGUGAACUCAAAGUAUGUAGUGAAGCAGAAGCCACUAAUCGCAUAUUUUUCAUAUCAGCGCGUGAAAUGUUGGAUAUUCGGUUGAAAGAACGAGGUGUAAUACAUCACGCUUAUCAAGUUGAGGGACAUCAGUAUCGUGCGAUGGAAUUUUGUAAUUUCGAGACACAGUUUGAGCAACUGAUCUCGAAAUCUGCCAUCAGCACUAAAUUUGAGGCUCAUGCGUGGAGAGCUCGCGAAAUUGUGGGAGAAAUGAAAAAAAAUCUGGAUAUUGUACAAGAGAGUACUCUCAAACGAAAAACUGAGUUGCAGUUGGCCUAUACAAACAAGGAAACAAUAUUUAAGGAAUGUUUAAAUAACUGGAAGGAAUUCGAGCGAUUUGCUGUUGUUGAAUCACAAAGAUUGAGAAAUGAAGUUCAUUUGAAAGUGUCAGCGGAUUUCUAUGAGGAAAUGCAAAAGUUGGAGUCAAUUAUCGAUAGAUUCGAUAACAAAUUCGUUGACGAUCCUGUUUCCAUUGGAGAAUAUAAAAAGGAUUUGGCAGAUUUUGUGGAUAAAAUUGUGACGGAAAAUUUAGAAGCACGCUGCACCAGAGGUCUUAUGCAACGUAUUUGGAAUUUGGAAAAUUCCAUGUAUUUGCAUGUUAACCAGAUACUCACUGAACCAUAUACUAGAAAACUGGAACAGAUUUGGCGAUAUCGACCUCCAUUCAAUUUUUCAAUCUGCAUCAACUGUCCAUCGUUGAUGCAAGACUUUCGAGAAGAUUUGGAAUUCCGAUUUUCCUUCGGAAUUACAGCGAUCAUUAGACGGAUCAAUGCAUAUCGUUUAGGAAAACCUGUAACCGCUGUUGGCAGCCAACCAUUACUUGAUGUUUUCAAAAGUUAUAAUAAGCAAACAAACAUAGAAGCUGGAGAGGGAACUAUGCAGCAAAAUUGUCAUGAAGAAAUGCAAAUGGUGACAGCUGCUGAAUCACAGGAAAAUGCUCUAAUGGCUCAACUUUUGCUUUCCUCGAUUGGUUAUGUUGCUAAUGGUGGACUUGGUCUUCUUGUUAUAGGCGGAAUAGUUUCUAAGGCAGUUAGUUGGCGUUUUAUCGCUGCUGGAGUAGCGCUCUAUAGUGGUUUGUAUGCUAUAGAGUACUGGCGUUGGAAUUCUGGUGCAAAAGAGCAGCAUUUAAAAGAUCAGUUUCGACAUCAUCUAAGUGCGAGAAUGCGUAGUGUUGCAACUACACAUACAAUGCACUGUGAAACACAAGUGCUGAGGGAAAUGCAACAGGUGCUUGGUGGUUUAAAAAGUACAGUAGGUGGAGUGCAUCAGGAAAUGAAGACAGAGCUUGAUGAUAUGCGAAAAGAAAUUGGGAAGAUCGAUCAUGUUACCAAAGGACUUAAUACAAUAAAAGGGAAAGCAUCAUUUCUGAAUACAGAUCUGGACCGUUUCGAAAGUGAAUUUUUGAAAAAUAGUUCACAUUCACCAGUACUUCAGCAAUGA